AUGAACAUAAACUACAUAGAUGAGGAUCGUGAGUAUUUUCAGAGUGAGAUAACAUCAAAGAAUGAUUGGACCCCAAUAUACACAAAAUUGUCCUCAAAGAAAAGUUCCAAAAAGAAGAAAAAACAUUCAACUCAUAAGAAAACUGAUGAUUUUUUUCAAAGUUAUUCAUAUAGAAUACUGCGGUAUCCAAUAUUGGGAUUCAUCUUGCUUUGGUGUUCAUUUUUGGUUAUUGUGUAUUUUUUUAUAAGGUUGUACAUUGCACUUUAUGAGUAUUUCUUCACUUGGACUGGUCAAAGAAGGAGAUUGAGAUUAGCUUUAAGGAAAUCAAAAGAUUAUGCAGAGUGGGUUUCCAAUGCCAUCAAGCUAGACAAGUUUUUAAAACUAGAUAAAUGGAAAACUCAUCCAAACUUCUAUUAUUAUGAUUACAAAACUUUGAAGAUAACGGUCAAGAAGUUGAAAGCUUUGAGAACUGAAAAUUCGAAAGAAGAGUUGGCACUGUUUUUACAAGGAUGCAUUAAGGCUAAUUUCGCAGGUACUGAGAAUCCAAUCCUAUACUCUCAGACAUAUUAUGGAACUAAAGAGAUUGUUGAGGAAUACAACACAGAAGUUGUAAAAGCAUUAGAAUAUAUCAUAGAAGAUGAUCAGAUAUCACCAUUAUUGAAGAAAGAUUUAUUUAAAUCUUUGAACAAAAACUUUGGGAAAACUGCAUUAUGUCUUUCGGGUGGUGCAUGCUUUGCUUAUAAUCAUUUCGGUGUUAUCAAAGCGCUACUUGAAAGUGAUUUAUUACCAAAAAUUGUUAGUGGUACCUCUGGAGGUGGUAUUGUCGCAGCACUAGCAACUACAAGAACAAAUGAAGAAUUAGAAGAAGUAUUGGUACCCGAAUUGGCACAAAAGAUAACUGCAUGUAAUGAACCUUUCAGUGUUUAUGUGAAAAGGUGGUGGAAAACAGGUGCUAGAUUCGAUGCAGUUGACUGGGCAAGAAAAGCAGCUUGGAUGACUAGGGGAUCAAUGACUUUUAAAGAAGCUUAUGAAAGAACCGGGAAAAUUUUGAACAUUUCAACUGUACCAGCUGAUCCUCAUUCUCCAGUGAUUUUAUGUAACCAUAUCACUUCUCCAAACUGUGUUAUUUGGUCUGCUGUUUUGGCUUCAUCAGCUGUCCCAGGUAUUUUGAACCCUGUUGUCUUGAUGAUGAAAGAUCCAAAGACUAAGAAAGUUGUACCAUUCAGUUUUGGUACAAAGUAUAAAGAUGGUAGUUUAAGAACAGACAUUCCUGUUGAAGCUUUGAAUACUUACUUUAAUGUUAAAUUUUCAGUGGUGAGUCAAGUUAAUCCUCAUAUUUCGUUGUUCUUCUUUGCACCAAAAGGUUCCGUUGGUAGACCUGUGUCAAGAAAGAAGACUGGAUUAAGAGGUGGUUUCAUUGGAGCUGGAUUAGAGAACUUUAUCAAGUUGGAGAAUAAGAAAUGGUUGAAGUUCAUUAAAUCGUUAGAUUUGCUGCCACACUUGAUGGAUCAAGAUUGGUCUAAUGUUUGGUUACAAAGAUUUAGUGGAACCGUAACAUUAUGGCCAAAGAUCAAGUUAAAAGAUUUUUACUUCAUUUUAAGUGACCCAACUGAAGAAAGGUUAGCGGAGAUGAUUAGAAAUGGUGAAUUAUCAACUUAUCCUAAAUUGCACUUUAUCAAACAUAGAUUAAACAUUGAACGAACCAUUGAAAAAGGAUUGAAAAAGUAUAAGAAACAAGUUCGUCAAUUACAAAAAUCACAAUUGGGCCAAGAAGAUGCUGCAAAAGUGGAAAAGUUAUUCUCUAGUGAGUCUGAUAUUGAUGAUGCAGGAAAUACGCAUGGUAAUUAUGACUUACACUCAGGUAUCAAUGGUCUCAACUACCAGGUCCGCUUUGAACAAGACGAAGAUGAUGACGAGGGGUCUUACAAUGAAGAAGAAGAUCCUGAUUAUGUUGAAGAGGAUGAAGAAGAAGAUGAGGAAGAUGAAGAUGGGGAAUUUGAUACUGAUGCUUCACAAAACAAAGACGAUAGUUUUGAGGGCUUAAGAAAUAGAAGAAAAAGUACAUUCUGGUAA